AUGGGUCGUGAUCCAAAUGCGGGAACCCAACAAAGAGGACAACAACAGCCUCAAGAACAUCCAUUUCGACCUGCAGCAUUGUCUCAAAUCCCUGAAACCAUUGAUGAUCCAUUUGGAUCGCCCAUUCAUCAAGGAACUAAUUAUCAGAAUGAUGAAUCCUCAAAGAAGUCUAGAGGAGGAGUAUCAAUGGCGGCGACGGCAUUCCCUCCUCAAAGCUCACAACAAAAUCAAAAUGCUCCCCAGCACCCAACUCAGUUCCCUCCACAGAACACUUCCCAAAUGAAAUCACCUGCAAAUUUUCAGGGCCAACCACAAUCCUUUCCUCAGGCUGAUCAGCCACAUGCCUUUUCACCGCCUCAAGAAGAACAACCACAACCCUUUCCACCACCUCAAGAUUUCCAUCAACCACCACCACAUUCAUUCCAACAUCCAAACAUGGCACAAUAUCAGGUUCCUCCAAAUUUUCCCAAUGCGGGCGCGGGAAGUAGCGCUGGAAUCGGACAGAAUCCAAUCAACCAGUCAAUGCAAAAUCAGAAUCCUUUUCAAGUUCAACUCAACAAUAUCCCUACUCAAGCUUGGAGGACUGAGUUAUUCGGCUGCAUGGAUGACCCGACAAACGCAUUUAUGACGGCCUGCUUUCCAUUCGUGACUUUUGGCCAAAUUGCUGAGAUUCUUGAUAAUGGACAAACCUCUUGUGCAACAAGUGGAAUGCUGUAUUUUUUCAUCUCUCUCUUUGGAACACCAUGCCUAUUGUCAUGCGCCUACAGAACAAAGCUGAGGAGACGAUUCGGGCUGAUCGAAACGCCGGCACCUGAUUGGUUGGUUCACCUCUGUUGUUCACCUUGUGCUAUUUGUCAAGAGUACAGAGAGCUUCAACAAAGGGGCCUUGAUCCUUCCAUUGGAUGGGAAGGAAAUGUGGCAAGGAGUCGGCAGAGGGUGCAGAUGAAUAUGACCCCUCCAAUGAAGCAAAACAUGAUGGCCUAA